CAUGUGUGUGUGCCAUCUAUCCUCUGUCCCCUCUCUCCCUCUCUCUUUCUCUGGUAGCUAUCCUUGCCCCAUGGUGUUUGAGAGUGGUUUUGAGUGUUUGGCAGGUUAAAUUUAGCCUAUUGAUGUAAGCUGCAUUCCACUCACAACAGACACAGGGACACACUCACAGUUUGGCUUUAGUGUCCGCGAGUGUGAAGAUCAGGGAAGAUCAAGCCUCCUCUGGGUUGACCCCUGAGCCUCAGUGUCUCCCCCUUCAAGGAUACAGCAGAGACACCAUCACAGGGGACAUCAUGGAUCUCGGAAAGAAGCUCAGCACUCCCAAAGACAUCAUGUUGGAGGAGUUAUCACUGCUUUCCAACAGAGGUUCCCGACUUUUCAAAAUGCGUCAGAGAAGAUCUGAAAAAUACACAUUUGAAAGUAUUCAAAAUGAAGCAAACACACUGCUGAAUAAUGAUUUGUUGAAUGAAAAUGCACACACGGUGGAAAUUAAAGUGGAUGCACCCACUGACGGAGACGCUGCCAACGCAGAAAACAUUGUUUCAGACACGACUGCAGAGAAGUUAAACACAGCUAUGCACAAGUCCUACCACUCGCCAUGGGAGGAGGCCAUCCUCAGUGACCCUGACCUCGCUGAAACUGUCUCACUAAGAAUGCCAGCACCAGACCCACGACCAGAGCUGCCUGAGUACAAAUGCUUUAACCGGGUCGCCACUCCUUACGGCGGCUUCGACAAAGCUCCCAGAGGAAUCACAUUCAAGCUGCCCGAGGUGGACCUGAACCCCCCCAAAUUCCCGGAGCUCCAGGAGCCGGGGGUGAAGCGACCCACCUUCAACAGAACAGCCCAGGGGUGGAUAUCUGAGGGCACCCACCUGAUUCUACCCACCAUCACCCUGGAGCCCAUCAAAGUCCCAGAGUCUGACGACCUGUAGAUGAUUUAUCUGAUAACCUGAUGUUGGCUGUGGCAUUUUUGGCUCGACCUAUGACAACAAAACAGUCAGCUUGUAGCACAGUUGCAAUCUCUGUACCACUAUUUGAGAUUUUUCCCAUGCGAUGGACACGAAAUGUUUCUUGUGUUUGUUCUUCUGUUAACUAGUAUGUUUACCAAACACUGGAAUCCAAAAGAGAAUCAUGUAAAUAGCAAAAGGAAUGCGUUGUCCAGGACACUAUAGAGGAAGAGUUUCCACCACUGCCGAAAACAAAACUGUAAAUUUGAAGCAUGUUCAAAUGAAUUGAUGAAAAUGUAAUGUAAAUAAAAAAAUGCAGCUUUAGCAAAACUGGAACAUGUGGCAAGACAUGUUGAGUUAUUGCCGAGCAGUGAUCAGUAGGAAUUCAGUUUUAUUUAGCUCUAAAUCAUUACACAUUAAACCAAAGUCAUGACCACUACCAUAAAUGCCCAAAAUAUAAUAUGAGAUUGCACAUCAGAUAAUAUUAAAUAUAUGUCACUGAUUUGGCUGUUUUCAAAAUCACAUAAAGAUAAUUAUUUUUUAAAUAUUGACUUUAAAAUGUUCAUAUUGUUCAAAAGCAGAGGCUGUGCUUAAAAAUAUCUUAAGAAGAAGACUGUGAAGACAACCAGCAAAAUAACAAACUCAAAAACCUUGAAUUUAUACUUCAAUAAAUGUGAAAUAGUUUAUUGUAAACUGCACAAUAAAAUGCAAAAUGUAUAGUCCCA